AUGUUCCGGUAUUGGGCCGAGAUACACGUCACCUACCCAAUUUUCUCUACUCCACCUCCUGUCCGACUUCUCUCGCGCGCUCCCCUGCUUCAAACUCCCGGAGGGUACCUGCUAAAGGCACUCCGAUGCUUAAGUCAGUUUGGUUAUCCGAUCGGGUUAUCCGCCGGAGGGACAAGGAAAGGAAGGAUAUCCACCGCCCGGAUACCCGCCUCCUGGAUACCCGCCACCCGGAUACCCGCCUCCCGGAUAUCCCCCACAGCAUGGCUAUCCUCCGCCGCCUUACCCCGCCCAGGGCUAUCCUCCGCCGCCCUACGCUCCUCAAUACGCUCCGCCUCCGCCCCCGCAGCAACAAAAUUCACAGAACUCUGGUUGCUUGGAAGGCUGUUUGGCUGCUCUCUGCUGCUGUUGCCUAUUGGAUGCGUGCUUCUGAGAUGACAUUUGCUUUGCACAAACUGGAAACUCGAUGAAGUGUGUUUCAGCAUUGAACUCGAUCAAAUUUGUGUCUCUUUUCUCUCUCUUUUCUUUACUUUACAUUAUCCCUUGUUGAUUUUUUUAUUAUUUUUGUUAAAUAAUAUGAACUGUUACUUGCUUCCAAACCUCAAACUGCUUCAUUCACUUGCUUUUAUUGCUAAGAAAGUUACACAUUGAUGCUCCU